AUGUCAUGGUGCAAACAACGACCACCACAUUUCAUCAUUGCUGAUAUUGUUGUUGUGUUGGCUGCGAAUGGGAGGCUAAGAUACAUAGACAGUAUAGCAAAGAAAUUUGCGGAGUUGACCAUGGCAAACAGGGGAGAAGUAAAAGCCAUUGUGACGUCUGUCAUUGCCCUUCCUCCAGAAGAGGAGAAAGAACUGAAGGAAACAUUACAGGACUUAAUUGGACAAGGGAAGAAAGUGAAGCUUGAACAGAAGAUUGACCCUAAUAUUCUUGGUGGGCUUGUGCUUGAAUUUGGGCAAAAGGUUUUUGACAUGUCCAUUAAGACUAGGGCACGACAGAUGGAGAGGUUCUUGCGGGAUCCCACCCACAUUGGCAGUCUCUAA